GCCUCGACUUACCGCUCGAGCGUCCCGAAAAAAAGAAGUCACUCUUUACUUUCGGUUUGGGUCGAGCGCAGCUUUAUUUCGAGAUAUACGAGUUAUACGAUCUUUUCUGAAAAGAGGACAAUUGGAGGUGAAAUCAUGAAGGGGCUGGUCUUCGCAGUUCUCGUCGCUUUGCUCUGUCUCCUGCCUUCAAUGGCCAAAGAUACUCCACCCAAGGUUCAGGUGUACACCCGAGAACCAGGAGAGCUGGGCAAAACCAACACCUUCAUCUGUCAUGUGAGCGGCUUCCACCCACCACAAAUCUCCAUCAAGCUUCUCAAGAACGGACAGGAGAUGUCGGGAGCCAAGCAGACUGAUCUGACAUUCGAGGAGAACUGGCAUUACCACCUCACUAAAUUCGUGCGCUUCACUCCAAAGGAAGGCGAGGCGUUCGCCUGCAAUGUGACUCACAUGGAAAACUCCAGAUUAUACUACUGGGAAUCUGAUAUGUAAGCUCCCUGCUCUGCCUGUCUCCAGGUCCUCCUCAGGACUCAAGAGGAUGGAGACGAUAAAAAUGAUUUGCCUUCAGAGCUUUUCAAACUCGACAAUGAAGAUGAAAAUUCAAGAUGUGUUCUUAAAGUGUUAUCUGACAAAGAAACUAAAUAGUUUCCUUGGUAUCUGACAGAAAGUUAACAGGUCCUGUAGUUGUUGCCCUAGCAA